UUUGUGCCUCCCUCAACUCUGAGGACAAGAAAGCGAACUGCAGCUACAGACGACAGUCACACAAUAUCCAUCUCGAGUCUGACCGUGCAGACUUGCCUCAAGGAGAGAGAACAGUGUUCUUAGGAACGAAUGCGUGGGAGUUGCUCACUUCACUCGCAUCCUUUUCCUAGUGGACGAUUGAAGGCGCAUUGGGAGCCCCUUUCCGACGGAGGGAUAGCGAGCUGGCGGAGAGAGGAACCAGUGCGUCGUCGGUAGACAGAAGAACAAGGCAGUUCCUCCGGACUAUCCAUUUCUAUUAAGUCACAGGCGGUAUCGGAAUCUGGGGGAACCGUGUUUUUUAAAUAUUUUUAUCGUGUCUUUCAAAGCAAUGGACUCGAGAUAGGGGGUCUCAAUUUGCCUCUUUCUUGACAGGGAGUUGCCGUUGGGAGAUAUGCGUAAGGAUGUUUGGAAACAGCAGUAGUAGGUAACCGAUAGGAUGGGGGCCAGGGAAGCGAGUGGGCACAGCUACCUGGUGGCUUGCUGGCAGCCCAUUCUGAUUCUGAUGCUGGGCACCGUACUGUCCGGUUCCACCACAGGUUGCCCGUCCCGCUGCGAGUGCAAUGCCCAGGAGCGCUCAGUCAUAUGCCACCGCAAGAAGCUUAUGUCCGUCCCUGAGGGCAUCCCCACAGAAACGCGGUUGCUGGACCUCAGCAAGAACCGCAUCAAGACCAUCAACAUGGACGAGUUCGCAACCUACCCCAACCUGGAGGAGCUGGAGCUCAACGAAAACACCAUCUCCGCUAUUGAGCCCGGCGCCUUCAACAACCUGUACGGUCUCCGGACAUUGGGGCUGCGCAGCAACAAGCUCAAACUCAUCCAGCUGGGUGUGUUCACGGGCCUCAGCAACCUCACCCAGUUGGACAUCAGUGAGAACAAGAUAGUCAUCCUGCUGGACUAUAUGUUCCAAGACCUGUACAACCUGCGCUCAAUGGAGGUGGGUGACAAUGACUUGGUAUUCAUCUCCCACCGGGCCUUCCAUGGUCUCAGCAGCCUGGAGCAGCUGACUUUGGAGAAGUGCAACCUGACCUCGGUGCCCACCGAGGCCUUCACCCACCUUCACAGUUUGAUCUUUCUCAGGCUGCGCCACCUCAACAUCUAUGUUAUUAAGGAUUACUCCUUCAAAAGACUGUACCGGCUGAAAGUGCUAGAGAUCGCCAACUGGCCCUACCUGGACACCAUGACCUCCAAUUGUCUCUAUGGACUGAACCUCACCUCGCUGACCAUCACCAAUGGCAACCUGACCUCCAUCCCAUACGUGGCUCUCCGGCACUUGGUCUACCUACGGUUUCUGAAUCUGUCCUAUAACCCCAUCCACACCAUUGAGGGGAAUAAGCUCCAUGACCUUCUGAGGCUCCAGGAGUUUCACCUGGUUGGGGGCAGGCUGGCUAUGAUCGAGCCCUACUCGUUCCGGGGCCUAAACUAUCUGAAGAUCUUCAAUGUGUCUGGCAAUGCCUUGAGCACCUUGGAGGAGUCUGCGUUCCACUCGGUAGGGAAUCUGGAGACUCUGGCACUUUACGAUAACCCCUUGGCAUGUGACUGCCGGCUGCUGUGGGUGUUCCGGAGACGCUGGAGGCUCAACUUCAACCGGCAGCAACCCACCUGCGCUUCACCUGAGUUCGUACAGGGAAAAGAGUUUAAAGAUUUCCCGGAUGUCCUGCAGCCCAACUACUUCACGUGUCGCAAGUCCAGGAUCCGGGACCGCAAGGCGCAGCAGAAAUUUGUGGACGAGGGAACUACUGUUCAUUUUGUAUGCCAGGCGGACGGUGAUCCCGCCCCAGUCAUCAUGUGGCUCUCACCCCAGAAGCAGUUCAUCACGACCAAAACCAUCGGACGGCUCACAGUAUUCCCAGAUGGCACCCUUGAGGUGCGCUACGCGCAGAUUCAGGAUAAUGGAACGUAUGUGUGUAUAGCCAGCAACGCCGGUGGCAAUGACACAUCUCUCGCCCACCUGCACGUCCAUAGCUACUCUCCAGACUGGCCUCACCAACCCAACAAGACCUUUGCAUUCAUCUCCAACCAGCCCAAUGAGAAUGGUGGCAAUGGGACGCGAACCAACGUCCCGUUCCCCUUCGACAUCAAGACCUUAAUCAUCGCCACCACUAUGGGUUUCAUAUCUUUCCUUGGUGUCGUCCUGUUUUGUCUGGUGCUACUCUUUCUGUGGAGUAGAGGUAAAGGGGCCACAAAGCACAACAUAGAGAUUGAGUAUGUGCCACGCAAGUCAGACGCUGGGAUGAGCAGCAGCAACGCAGACGCCCCUCGCAAGUUUAACAUGAAAAUGAUUUAACGGGACCUAGGGAGCAAACAGACUCUUAACUUGAAAUUGUAAAAAAAAAAAACGUCAAAUCCUCCCU